CUCAAUGCUGAUGGCAUUCAACUGAAAUCUGUUGAGCUAUAGGUAACAUGGGUUCGCGAGGAAUACUUGGAUUGAGCUGCGCGCUCUUGCUGUGCGCAGUGAUUAGCGCACAACAAACGUACGAUGGACGCAAUGGACCGCAUGUGUUUGGCCCGCCAGGUCAGCAGGUGUAUAUACGUGGUCAGAAUGAAGGUAGCUAUCAGGUACCUGGAGUACCCGGCACAUUCCAGAACUCGGCUACUGGUGGCGGAGCACACAGCUACACGGACGAGAACGGCAACACGUAUGUGCAUAAUAAGAAUGGAGGUGGUAGACCAGCUACACACAGCAUAGAUGGCCCGGACCUAGUGGCUCGUCGUGGAGGCGCACAGCGUCGUGUAAGCGAUCCUUCUGCCAAUGCUUAUCGUAGCCGACGAGAUACUGUAAUUAGUCGCCCGGAUCGUGUUGUUAGCAUCACAAGGAGUGGCCCAACCGUAAUUAGUCGCAGUCGUCGUGACUUCCAUGUCGGACGCCCCGAUCGCACCGUCGACUACAGCACCGGAUCCGGUGAUUUUGUCAUACAGCGCGGCCGACGCAGUCCCGAGUCUGUGUACGUUAGUCGUCCGGAUGGCCGUUCAGUGAGCUAUGGCGAUGGUGGCUUCAUUGCCAAUGGCCGUGAUGGACGCACUGUUGCCCACUCCCGGCAUAGACGCGCACGUGUCCAGGGCGAAAACUUUGUGGCACGCGAUGAUCAGGCUGGCAUCUGGAACGAUAACGUCUCCAUUUGGAAGCGUCCCGAUGGACGCACAGUUACCGUUGAUAGCAAUGGCAAUGUCAUCACCUCCGGCAGUCCCAACGGACGCGGUCCACAGCGCUAUUCCGGCUAAACGAGGAAGGACUGAAGAGGCAACAUUAAAUGUAGUACGAAAUACUUAAAUCAAAUACAUCAAUUUUCACAAAUGUA